UUGGGACUUGCUUGUAGAAGUAGCAGAGUUACAAGGAGACUGCAGCAGGACCUCGUUAGAAUAGUUUCCGUCAAGAAAAAUGAAUUGGAAACUUCACUCGGUGCAGUAUUUUUUACGGAAUAUAUUUAUAAUCUUGGCAUUUUAUUUCCACAUCCAUGCAUCAGGGAUAAAUGGAGAAAUAACGCCCAAACAACCUACAACAGCUACUCAAAUGCCCUCAGUGUCAACUGGCACUGCCAGCACAUCAGGCAGCACGGGAAGAGCUGGGGAGCCAGGCUCAGCAGCACAAAAUACUCCCCUGGGGCAGAGCACUGCAAAGAUGGGCAGCUCUACAGCAGCGGUGACUACUACAAGCCUUUUUGUCGCAAGCAACUCCACGGAGAGGGCCACGGAAAUGGGUAGCGCACCUUCCAAGACAGCAGCUGCCCUGCAGGGUGUCACCACGAUGGCGGUCACAGCAGGUGACUCGAUCCUAUCUGUCCUGGUCUUGCGUAGCCCGGCCCCUACGGCAAACACAACGGAGCCUGUCACAACUGCAGAAAGCAUCUCCACUCUUGCACACACCGGGUCAGUUGAUGGGACGGCCAGGAAAGAAGCCGGCACUCAACAAGCAGAGGCAAGCACAACUGCUUCCCAUGCUACCGUGUCAUUACAGUCUGCAAAGGAGCCGGUCACUCAAUCUGCUGGUACCACUUAUGCCCCUUUCCUUACUUCCUCUGCUGCGAGGACGUUAAUGGGUGGCAGCAGUCCACCAGUCCACACGGCCAUAAUGAGCAUGAUGGAGAGCACUCCCGUGUCUGCCGUCCCGGAAACUGCGAGCAACUUGGGCGGCCCCGCUUCAGGAGACACUGGCACUCGCUCUCCUGCCAGGACUUCAGGCAGCUCCAAAGAAAUGACCACAAGGACAUCGAUUUACACCCCGCCACUUGUCCCUCUGGCCACUACUCCACUUGGCAGCAUACCCCCAGGAGGCCAGAGCCUGGCCCAGGAGUGGAGUCCUACUGCCUCUACCGCAGAGCAAACCCCCCACGCCACAGGCACCCGUGGAACAGCAACCCGCUCUUCUCCAGUCGAGCCAAACUCUCCGUUCGGGUCCACCCAGCCAGCCAAGACAAUGACAAAUCUUUCUUUCGGUGCAACAGGCAUCUCUUCAGGGAUGGGGAAAGGGGCCACUGUUCAAAGUACAGUGGCCUCUCUCUCCGCGACUCUGGUUUGGAGCACGUCAGUUGUUGCCACAUCAAGGACAGCACCCCCCCAAAGCACUCAAGGGGCUGAGACUAGCCCUGCGUCACCCAGCUUGUUAACGGGAGACAUACCUACCACAGCUGCAGCCCAGGCCAAUACUCCUGGGCCCAGUACAACCAUUGAGGGACAUGACACUCCCAGCAAAACCCCAGCAGUCAUCGUUCCCACAGCAUCCGUGUCAACCACAGAGGAGCUCAGAAGCUCUCCAUCUGCUCAAACCACAGCCGGCUUUGCCUCCACCCCCUACCCUGAAGCAGCAUCCAGCCUUUCAAGGGCGACUACACGCCAGGUCACCAGAACCACACAAAUGCCCUCCGUGUCUACUGACAAUAGCAGAACGGGAAGGAGCACCGAAGAACCAGAGGCAACAGACUCGGCAUCACAAAGUGCUGCCCUGGAGCAUGCUGCCACAAAGGCAGGCAGCCCUGCAGCACUGGAGACCACCGCAAGCAUCUUUGUCACAAGCACCUCCCGCACGCACAUCCCUCGGGGCUUCGGUGUCACUGAGAUCAGCACUGGAGAUGACGGAUCAUCCCUAGCACCCCAAGAGCCUAGCUUACCAGCUUCCCUGCAGACGACAACCACAGCACAAAUGACCACAGGGUCUACCACCACUCUGCCACCGCAGGCGAGUACGUCUGCUCCUCCUGCGACGUCAGUCCCACAAAGUACAGCUGCCCCCAGCUCUUCUCUGACACAAACCUCAACACCUGUGCAAGAAACCCCAACCCCUGUGACUUCCUCCACAACGGGCAGUUCUUCUACGUACCUGAUGACAACCACGCUUACCGUGCCCACCGCUUCCCUAUCACAGACCACUGCUAACACCACCUCUACUGCAGCACAGACCUCCACGUCUGCUCCACAACCAACAACUGCUGUACAAACAACAUCUUUCAUGACUGCAGGCACCACGAUUGGGCCAACAACAGCCACGUUAGCCAGCUCAACUCCUACCAUGAAGACAACACAAGGCACAUCAUCACCACAGACAACAGUACUUCAUACCACCACAACCUUGGUGACAUCCACACUUGGUCCGCAAACACUGAUGCUGGGUCCUUCCUCAAGCCCAUCUGGAAGCACAGCUCAGCAGGGGACAAGCACAGCUCCGCUUUCGAGCACUUCCCCAUCACUGAGCACACCACCUGCCAGCUCCACAGCUUCCCUGCAGACCACAACUGGACUCCAAACAACCACCCGGGCUAGCACCACUCUCUCGCUGCAGACGAGUACACCUGCUCCUUCUCCCACUUCAGGCCUACCAAGUACGGCUGCCCCCAGCUCUUCUGUGACACAAACCUCAACCCCUCUGCAACAAACCCCAACUCCUGUGACAUCUUCCGCGAGAACCAGUUCUCCCAUUAACCUGAUGACAACCACUCCUCCCAUCUCAACAACUUCCCUAUCAGAGACUACAGCUGCCACAAUCUCUACUGCAGCAGAAACAUCCACUUCUCCUCCACAAUCCACAACUCAUACUCAAACCCCUUUUCCCACUGAACCAGAGACCUCCACAUCGCCUCCACAGUCCACAACUCCUGCUCAAAUGCCAUCUCCCACUGCACCAGAGACCUCCACAUCACCUCCACAAUCCACAACUCCUGACCACACCCCAUCUCCCACUGCACCAGAGACCUCCACAUCUCCUCCACAAUCCACAACUCCUGCUCAAACGCCAUCUCCCACUGCACCAAGGACCUCCACAUCUCCUCCACAAUCCACAACUCUGGCUGAAACCACAUCUCCCACUGCACCAGAGACGUCCACAUCACCUCCACAAUCCACAACUCCUGCUCAAACGCCAUCUCCCACUGCACCAGAGACCUCCACAUCUCCUCCACAAUCCACAACUCCUGCUCAAACGCCAUCUCCCACUGCACCAGAGACCGCCACAUCUGCUCCACAAUCCACAACUCCUGCUCAAACGCCAUCUCCCACUGCACCAGAGACCUCCACAUCUCCUCCAAAAUCCACAACUCCGGAUGAAACCCCAUCUCCCACUGCACCAGAGACCUCCACAUCUCCACCACAAUCCACAGCUCCUGCUCAAACCCUAUCUCCCACUGCACCAGAGACCUCCACAUAUCCACCACAAUCCACAACUCCUGACCACACCUCAUCCCACACAGCACCAGAGACCUCCACAUCGCCUCCACAGUCCACAACUCCGGCUCAAACCCCAUCUCCCACUGCAUCAGAGACCUCCACAUCACCUCCACAAUCCACAACUCUGGUUCAAACCCCAUCUCCCACUGCACCAGAGACCUCCACAUCUCCACCACAAUCCACAAGUCCUGCUCAAACCCCAUCUCCCACUGGACCAGAGAUGUCCACAUCACCUCCACAAUCCACAAUUGUGGGUCAAACCCCAUCUCCCACUGCACCGGAGACCUCAACUUCUCCUCCACAAUCCACAACUCUGGCUGAAAACACAUCUCCCAUUUCACCAGAGAGCUCCACAUCUCCUCCGGAGACCACAACGGGGCAAACCACAGCCACAUUAUCCAGCUCCACUUUGACACCACGCAUGACCAUGGAGACAAUUGCAGGCACUUCAGUUCAACAGACAACAGAACUUCCAAACAACACCACCUUGAUGACAUCCACACGUGGUCCGGAAACAUCCACUCCGGAUCCUUCUUCCAGGCCAGCAAGUACCACAGUGCAGAAAGGAACAACCACGGAUCUUCUUCCUUCCACAGCACAAACCUCGGCAUCUCUCCCAGAAUCCCCAACCACUGUGCGAUCCUCCAGAACAACAAGUUCUUCUACACACAUGAUGACAACCAGUUUUGUCAUCCCCACCACUUCCCCAACACAGAGCACAGUUUCCACCACCUCCACUGCACCAGAGACCUCCACAUCUCCUCCACAAUCCACAACUCCUGCACAACCCGCAUCUCCCACUGCAAGAGAGACCUCCACGUCACCUCGACAAUCCACAACUCCUGCUCAAACCCCAUCUCCCACUGCACCAGUGACCUCCACGUCACCUCGACAAUCCACAACUCCUGCUCACACCGAAUCUCCCACUGCUCCAGAGACCUCCACAUCUCCUCCACAAUCCAUAACUCUGGCUGAAACCACAUCCCCCACUGCAACAGAGACCUCCACGUCACCUCGACAAUCCACAACUCUGGCUCAAACCCCAUCUCCCACUGCACCAGAGACCUCCACAUCUCCUCCACAAUCCACAACUCCGGCUGAAACCACAUCAUCCACUGUAACAGAGACCUCCACAUCUUCUCCACAAUCCACAACUCCUGCUCAAACCACGUCUCCCACUGCAACAGAGACCUCCACAUCGCCUCCACCAUCCACAACUCCGGCUGAAACCACAUCUCCCAUUGCACCAGAGAUCUCCACGUCACCUCGACAAUCCACAACUCCGGCUGAAACCACAUCUCCCGCUGCACCAGAGACCUACACAUCUAGUCCACAAUCCACAACUCCUGCUCAAACCCCAUCUCCCACUGCACUACAGACCACAACCGGGCCAACUACAGCCACGUUCUCCAGCUCCACUUUGACAUCACACACCACCGUGGAGACAAGUCCAGACACCUCACCACUACAGACGACAGCAUUUCCAACUGCCACAACCUUGGUGACAUCUGCACGUGCUCCAGAAACAUCCACGCUGGGUCCUGCCUCAAGCCCAGCUGGUACCAGAGCUCAGCAAGGGAUAACUACGGCUCCUCUUCCUAGUACUUCCCCAUCACAGAGCACAACAUCUGCCACCUCCAUCGCCUCCCAGGAGACAACAAGCGGAGUGCAAACCACUACAAGGGCUAGCACCACUUUGUCACCGCAGACAAGUACACCUGCUUUUUUGUCCACUUCAGCCUUGCACAGUACAGCCGUCCUCAGCCCUUCCACAGCACAAACCUCCGCAUCUGUCCCAGAAUCCCCAACCACUGUGCCAUCCUCCACAACGACCAGCUCUUCUACACAAAUGAUGGCAACCACUUUUGUCAUCCCCACCACUUCCCCAACACAGAGCACAGCUGCCACCACCUCCACUGCACCAGAGACCUCCACAUCUCGCCCACAGUCCACAAGUCCUGCUCAAACCCCAUCUCCCACUGCACCAGAGACCUCCACAUCUUCUCCACAAUCCACAAGUCCUGCUCAAACCCCAUCUCCCACUGCACCAGAGAACUCCACGUCACCUCCACAAUCCACAACACUGGCUCACACCCCAUCUCCCACUGCACCAGAGACCUCCACAUCACCUCCACAAUCCACAAGUCCUCCUCAAACCCCAUCUCCCACUGUUCCAGAGACCACAGACAGGCCAACCACAGCCGCAUUAUCCAGCUCCACUUUGACACCACACACGACCAUGGAGACAACUCCAGGCACUUCAGUUCAACAGACAGCAGAACUUACAAGCACCACCACCUUGAUGACAUCCACACGUGGUCCGGAAACAUCCACUCCAGGUCCUUCCUCCAGGCCAGCCAGUACCACAGUGCAGCAAGGAACAACCACGGCUCCUCUUCCUAGGACUUCCCCAUCACUGAGCACAGUAACUGCCACCUCCCCACCUUCCCUGCAGACCACAACCGGACUGGAAACAACCACCCGGGCUAGCACCACCCUGUCACUGCAGUCUAGUACACCUGCUUCUUCUUCCACUUCAGCCCUGCCGAGUACAGCCAUCCCCAGCGCUUCUCCCACUGCAACGGAGACCUCCACAUCUCCUCCACAAUCCACGACUCAUGCUCAAACCCCACCUCCCAGUGCACCAGAGACCUCCACAUCUCCUGCACUAUCCACAAGUCCUGCUCAAACCCCAUCUCCCACUGCACCAGAGACCUCCACAUCUCCUCCACAAUCCACAACUCCUGCUCAAACCCCAUCUGCCACUGCACCAGAGACCUCCACAUCUCCUCCACAAUCCACAACUUCUGCUCAAACCCCAUCUCCCACUGCACCAGAGACCUCCACAUCACCUCCACAAUCCACAACUCCUGCUCAAACCCCAUCUCCCACUGCACCACAGACCACAACCGGGCCAACUACAGCCACAUUCUCCAGCUCCACUUUGACAUCACACACCACCAUGGAGACAAGUCCAGACACCUCACCACCACAGGCGACAGCAUUUCCAACCGCCACAACCUUGGUGACAUCUGCACGUGCUCCAGAAACAUCCACGCUUGGUCCUGCCUCAAGCCCAGCCGUUACCACAGCUCAGCAAGGGACAACCACGGCUCCUCUUCCUAGUACUUCCCCAACACAGAGCACAGCUGCCACCACGUCCACUGCAACAGAGACCUCCACAUCUCUUCCAGAAUCGACAACUCCUGCUCAAACCCCAUCUCCCACUGCACCAGAGCCCACAACUGGCCCAACCACAGCAAUGUUCUCGAGCUCCACUGUGACACCACACACCACCAUGGAGACAAGCCCGAGCACUUCACCACCACCGACAACAGUACUUCCAACCGCCACAACCUUGGUGACAUCUGCACGUGCUCCAGAAACAUCAACGCUGGGUCCUUCCUCAAGCCCAGCUGGUACCACAGCUCAGCAAGGGACAACCACGGCUCCUCUUCCUAGUACUUCCCCAUCACAGAGCACAGCACCUGCCACCUCCACCGCCUCCCUGGAGACCACAAGCGGAGUGCAAACCACCACACGGGCUAGCACCGCUUUGUCACCGCAGACAAGUACACCUGCUCCUUCUUCCACUUCAGUCCUGCCAAGUACAGCCGUCCCCAGCCCUUCCAUGGCACAAACCUCCGCAACUGUCCAAGAACCCCCAACCACUGUGACAUCCUCCGCAAUGACCAGUUCUUCUACACACAUGAGGACAACCACUUUUGUCAUCCCCACCACUUCCCCAACACAUAGCACAGCUGCCACAACCUCCACUGCACCAGAGACCUCCACAUCUCCUCCACAAUCCACAUCUCCUGCUCAAACCCCAUCUCCCACUGCACCAGAGACCUCCACAUCUCCUCCACAAUCCACAACUCUGGCUGAAACCACAUCUCCCACUGAAACAGAGACCUCCACAUCUUCUCCACCAUCCACAACUCUGGCUCAAACCAUGUCUCCCACUGCACGAGAGACCUCCACAUCUCCUGGACAAUCCACAACUCCGGCUGAAACCACAUCUCCCACUGCAACAGAGACCUCCACGUCACCUCGACAAUACACAACUCCAGCUCAAACCCCAUCUCCCACUGCACCAGAGACCUCCACAUCACUUCGACAAUCCAGAACUCCUGCUCAAACCCCAUCUCCCACUGCACCAGAGACCUCCACAUCUCCUCCACAAUCCACAACCCUGGCUGAAACCACAUCAUACACUGCAAUAGAGACCUCCACAUCUUCUCCACCAUCCACAACUCUGGCUCAAACCCCAUCUCCCACUGCACCAGAGACCUCCACAUCUCGUCCACAAUCCACAACUCCUGCUCAAACCCCAUCUCCCACUGCACCAGUGAACUCCACGUCACCUCGACAAUCCACAACUCCUGCUCACACCGAAUCUCCCACUGCACCGGAGACCUCAACAUCUCCACAAUCCACAACUCUGGCUGAAACCACAUCCCCCACUGCAACAGAGACCUCCACGUCACCUCGACAAUCCACAACUCUGGCUCAAAACCCAUCUCCCACUGCACCAGAGACAUCCACAUCUCCUCCACAAUCCACAAUUCCGUCUGAAACCACAUCAUCCACUGCAACAGAGACCUCCACAUCUUCUCCACAAUCCACAACUCCUGCUCAAACCACAUCUCCCACUGCACCAGAGACCUCCACAUCUCCUCCACCAUCCACAACUCUGGCUGAAACCACAUCUCCCACUGCAACAGAGACCUCCACAUCUUCUCCACCAUCCACAGCUCUGGCUCAAACCAUGUCUCCCACUGCACAAGAGACCUCCACAUCUCCUGGACAAUCCACAACUCCGGCUGAAACCACAUCUCCCACUGCAACAGAGACCUCCACGUCACCUCGACAAUCCACAACUCCUGCUCAAACCAUGACUCCCACUGCACCAGAGACCUCCACAUCACCUCGACAAUCCACAACUCCAGCUCAAACCCCAUCUCCCACUGCUCCAGAGACCUCCACAUCACCUCGACAAUCCACAACUCCAGCUCAAACCCCAUCUCCCACUGCACCAGAGACCUCCACAUCUUCUCCACAAUCCACAACUCCUGCUCAAACCCCAUCUCCCACUACACCAGAGACCUCCACAUCUCCUCCACAAUCCACAACUCCUGCUCAAACCCCGUCUCCCACUGCACGAGGGACCUCCACAUCACCUCGACAAUCCACAACUCCUGCUCAAACCAUGACUCCCACUGCACCAGAGACCUCCACAUCACCUCGACAAUCCAUAACUCCGGCUCAAACCUCAUCUCCAACUGCACCAGAGAUCUCCACAUCUCCUGCACAAUCCACAACACUGGCUAAAACCCCAUUUCCCACUGCAACAGAGACCUCCACAUCUUCUCCACAAUCCACAACUCCUGCUCAAACCACAUCUCCCACUGCACCAGAAACCUCAACACCGCCUCCACCAUCCACAACUCCGGCUGAAACCACAUCUCCCAUUGCACCAGAGAUCUCCACAUCUCCUCCACACUCCACAACUCCGGCUAUAACCACAUCUCCCGCUGCACCAGAGACCUCCACAUCUCCUCCACAAUCCACAACUCCUGCUCAAACCCCAUCUCCCACUGCACGAGGGACCUCCACAUCACCUCGACAAUCCACAACUCCUGCUCAAACCAUGAUUCCCACUGCACCAGAGACCUCCACAUCACCUCGACAAUCCAUAACUCCGGCUGCAACCCCAUCUCACACUGCACCAGAGAUCUCCACAUCUCCUGCACAAUCCACAACACUGGCUAAAACCCCAUCUCCCACUGCAACAGAGACCUCCACAUCACCUCGACAAUCCACAACUCUGGCUCAAACCCCAUCUCCCACUGCACCAGAGACCUCCACAUCUCCUCCACAAUCCACAACUCCGGCUGAAACCACAUCAUACACUGCAACAGAGACCUCCACAUCUUCUCCACAAUCCAGAACUCCUGCCCAAACACAUUCUCCCACUGCACCAGAGACCUCCACAUCGCAUCCACCAUCCACAACUCCGGCUCACACCCCAUCUCCCACAGCACCAGAGACCUCCACAUUUCCUGCAGAAUACACAACUCCUGUUCACACUUCAUCUCCCACUGCACCAGAGACCUCCACGUCACCUCGACAAUCCACAACUCCUGGUCAAACCAUGACUCCCACUGCCCCAGAGACCUCCACAUCACCUCGACAAUCCACAACUCCGGCUCAAACCCCAUCUCCCACUGCAGCAGAGACCUCCACAUCUCCCGCACAAUCCACAACUCCGGCUGAAACCACAUCAUCCACUGCCCCAGAGACGUCCACGUCACCUCCACAAUCCACAAUUCCGGCUCAAACCCCAUCUCCCACUACACCAGAGACCUCCACAUCUCCUCCACAAUCCACAACUCCGGCUGCAACCCCAUCUCACACUGCACCAGAGAUCUCCACAUCUUAUCCACAAUCCACAACUUCUGCUCAAACCGAAUCUCCCACUGCACCAGAGACCUCCACGUCACCUCCACAAUCCACAACACUGGCUCACACCCCAUCUCCCACUGCACCAGAGACGUCCACAUCACCUCCACAAUCCACAAGUCCUCCUCAAACCCCAUCUCCCACUGUUCCAGAGACCACAGACAGGCCAACCACAGCCGCAUUAUCCAGCUCCACUUUGACACCACACACGACCAUGGAGACAACUCCAGGCACUUCAGUUCAACAGACAGCAGAACUUACAAGCACCACCACCUUGAUGACAUCCACACGUGGUCCGGAAACAUCCACUCCGGGUCCUUCCUCCAGGCCAGCCAGUACCACAGUGCAGCAAGGGACAACCACGGCUCCUCUUCCUAGGACUUCCCCAUUACUGAGCACAGUAACUGCCACCUCCCCACCUUCCCUGCAGACCACAACCGGACUGGAAACAACCACCCGGGCUAGCACCACCCUGUCACUGCAGUCUAGUACACCUGCUUCUUCUUCCACUUCAGCCCUGCCGAGUACAGCCAUCCCCAGCGCUUCUCCCACUGCAACGGAGACCUCCACAUCUCCUCCACAAUCCACGACUCAUGCUCAAACCCCACCUCCCAGUGCACCAGAGACCUCCACAUCUCCUGCACUAUCCACAAGUCCUGCUCAAACCCCAUCUCCCACUGCACCAGAGACCUCCACAUCUCCUCCACAAUCCACAACUCCUGCUAAAACCCCAUCUGCCACUGUACCAGAGACCUCCACAUCUCCUCCACAAUCCACAACUUCUGCUCAAACCCCAUCUCCCACUGCACCAGAGACCUCCACAUCUCCUCCACAAUCCACAACUCCUGCUCAAACCCCAUCUCCCACUGCACUACAGACCACAACCGGGCCAACUACAGCCACGUUCUCCAGCUCCACUUUGAAAUCACACACCACCAUGGAGACAAGUCCAGACACCUCACCACUACAGACGACAGCAUUUCCAACUGCCACAACCUUGGUGACAUCUGCACGUGCUCCAGAAACAUCCACGCUGGGUCCUGCCUCAAGCCCAGCUGGUACCAGAGCUCAGCAAGGGAUAACUACGGCUCCUCUUCCUAGUACUUCCCCAUCACAGAGCACAACAUCUGCCACCUCCAUCGCCUCCCAGGAGACAACAAGCGGAGUGCAAACCACUACAAGGGCUAGCACCACUUUGUCACCGCAGACAAGUACACCUGCUUUUUUGUCCACUUCAGCCCUGCACAGUACAGCCGUCCUCAGCCCUUCCACAGCACAAACCUCCGCAUCUGUCCCAGAAUCCCCAACCACUGUGCCAUCCUCCACAACGACCAGCUCUUCUACACAAAUGAUGGCAACCACUUUUGUCAUCCCCACCACUUCCCCAACACAGAGCACAGCUGCCACCACCUCCACUGCACCAGAGACCUCCACAUCUCGCCCACAAUCCACAAGUCCUGCUCAAAACCCAUCUCCCACUGCACCAGAGACCUCCACAUCUCCUCCACAAUCCACAGCUCCGGCUCAAACCUCAUCUCCCACUGCACCAGAGACCAGAACCGGGCCAACCACAGCCACGUUCCCCAGCUCCACUGUGACACUGCACACGACCAUAAAGACAAGUCCAGGCACUUCAGCACCACAGACGACACCACUUCCAACCACCACAACCUUGGUGACAUCCACACUUGCUCCAGAAAGAUCCACGCUGGGUCCUUCCUCAAGCCCAGCCGGUACCACAGCUCAGCAGGGGACAACCAUGGCUCCUCUUCCGAGUACUUCCCCUUCACAGAGCACAACACCUGCCACCUCCACCGCCUCCCUGGAGGCCACAAGCGCAUUGCCAACCACCACACGGGCUAGCACCGCUUUGUCACUGCAGACAAGUACACCUCCUUCUUCCACUUCAGUCCUGCCACGUACAGCCGUCCCCAGCCCUUCCACGGCACAAACCUCCGCAAUUGUCCAAGAACCCCCAACCACUGUGCAAUCCUCCACAACGACCAGUUCUUCUACACACAUCAUGACAACCACUUCCGUCAUCCCCACCACUUCCCCAACACAUAGCACAGCUGCCACCACCUCCACUGCACCAGAGACCUCCACAUCUCGUCCACAAUCCACAACUCCUGCUCAAACCCCGUCUCCCACUGCACCACAGACCACAACCGGGACAACUAAAGCCACGUUCUCCAGCUCCACUUUGACAUCACACACCACCAUGGAGACAAGUCCAGACACCUCACCACCACAGGCGACAGCAUUUCCAACCGCCACAACCUUGGUGACAUCUGCACGUGCUCCAGAAACAUCCACGCUUGGUCCUGCCUCAAGCCCAGCCGUUACCACAGCUCAGCAAGGGACAACCACGGCUCCUCUUCCUAGUACUUCCCCAACACAGAGCACAGCUGCCACCACGUCCACUGCAACAGAGACCUCCACAUCUCUUCCAGAAUCGACAACUCCUGCUCAAACCCCAUCUCCCACUGCACCAGAGCCCACAACUGGCCCAACCACAGCAAUGUUCUCCAGCUCCACUGUGACACCACACACCACCAUGGAGACAAGCCCGAGCACUUCACCACCACCGACAACAGUACUUCCAACCGCCACAACCGUGGUGACAUCUGCACGUGCUCCAGAAACAUCAACGCUGGGUCCUUCCUCAAGCCCAGCUGGUACCACAGCUCAGCAAGGGACAACCACGGCUCCUCUUCCUAGUACUUCCCCAUCACAGAGCACAGCACCUGCCACCUCCACCGCCUCCCUGGAGACCACAAGCGGAGUGCAAACCACCACACGGGCUAGCACC